AUCAGGAUUAAAAUUGUAAAAUCGUACCAAAAUCGGGAUUUUGAUCCUAUGUGAACAAAAUAGGUGGUUUGAACAAAUUCAAAAGAAUCACAACUGUUUUCACGAACAAGGGAUUGGUCUAGUGGUAAUACCACUAGCCAGGGAACCUUGAGGUCCCAGGUUCGAGUUCCUUCAGUAGUACCUAAUAACAAAAAAAGUAACUUAUAUCAUCCUUCUCUAAAAAAAAAGAAAAAAGAAUCACAACUGUUAGUACCUAAUAACAAAAAAAGUAACUUAUAUCAUCCUUCUCUAAAAAAAAGAAUCACAACUGUUUUCGCGGAAAGGACAAUGACAACGAUCUUCUUAGAUAUUUGUCCUCUUAAAAGAACAUUUGCAAAAAAAAAAAAAAAAACACAACUGUUUUCGCGGAAAGGACAAUAACAACGAUCUUCUUAGAUAUUUGUCCUCUUAAAAGAACAUUUGCAAAAAAAAAAAAAAAACAACAACCAAAUUACGGCUUAGCCCCUUCCCCUAGUUUAACUCAUCGGUAAAACAAUUGUCAUAAUAUUGUAAGUACGUAAGAAUUAACAUCAUUAUUAACAAAUCAAUUGAUUAAUUAAUAUAUUUGUACCAAAUCAAUGACAUCAAUUAUUUUAUUGUAGUUCACUUGUCCUUAGUUAUAAAUCAUGCUUAGUAGACGAUGUCGCAAACACUACUUUGAAUUAAACUAUCUAAACACAACAUGAUGAACAAGAGCCAAACCCCAUGAGCUCUACCCAUUCCUCAUUAAUUAUUUUGAGGCAUUAAAUAACAAUUAAAAUGAUGAUUUUGGAAUAUUAUUCUCGAGAAUUAUCAUUUUAAAUGUUAUGUGUCUUUGUGUUAUUAAUGAUUUAUCUUAUUAAUAUUAUUAUAUGUUAGUUUCUAUAUGAUACUUAAAAUCCUAUGAUUUCACUAUUUGAUUUUACGAUCCCGCUUUUACCUCAAUUUUCGAUUUUAGGUAAAAUUUUGAUUUUGACUGCUUUGGUUGUUAGCGGUGCCAUUGGAUUGAAGCGGAGGCAAGAUUUGCAAGUUUGGGCUACGGUUGGGAGGUUGUGACUGACUUUAGUCGGAGUUUGGGGUUGUGAUCGGCGAGCAAGGGCUAAAAUGAGAGAUGACGGCGAGCAAGAGGGGAGGCGAGCGACGCUACCCCCCCCCCCCCCCCCCCCCCACUACUUUUCUCUUUCUUUAUUUUCACAGGGUUAGCCGAGAGUGUGAGGCGGGCGCGGUGGCUGAGGUGUUAGAACUGCGAUGCUACGGAUCGGGAAAUCGCUGGAAUCGACAAAGUAAGAAAACGAAAUCAGAAAGCAUACGACACACGAUUUACGUGGUUCACUAACACAUUGUGUGUUAGCUAGUCCACGGGUAGGAGACAGUUACAGACCAGGUCCAGAACCCGAACCCAAAUAGCAUUGAACACGUACAUUGUGGGCGGGGCGUUGCUCCCACACCCCCCACCGGGGCGUUGCCCCUGAACCCGACUCGCUGAUCGCGCAGGGAAACCCCCAACUAUUCCAGUCUUAGUGGUUGAUAGUCCGAUUCAAGUCACAUCAACAUGAGGAGUGAGAAGUGAGAGGUGAGAGGUUUGGGCCGAGGCCGAGGAUCAGUUGGGAGGAGGGGUGAUUUAUUAUAUGUGGGCUAUGUACAUUAAUUCAGUUGUUUGGUUUGGUGAUCGAAUUUCGAAUUCGGUCGAGAGGACUCUAGUUUCUGAAGUAUGCCUUCGGAAUUUAUGUCUUCUCCGUCGAACUCUAGUAAGUGAAACUAUGAUCCCAAUGUAUCCCUUCCGAAUUUCGAACCAACAACAUUAUUUGUGUUUCGGUUUUGACAACCUUGCUAGUUAGUAAACUGCCGAGUUAACACGGCGGAGAGAGUGGUAUGGUAUGAUGAUGGUGCUGCUGAGAGAACUGAAGCAAAGCAAGCUCUCAGGCGCAGAGAGAGAGACAGACAGACAGACACAUACACAGUUGUAGAGAGAAAAAGGAACAAAGCCACCCUCUUCCCUCCCAUUCCCAUAUCUUUUCCAUUAAUGCACUCUCUCUCUCUCUCUCUCUUCAGUCACCCCCUUUUUACAGGGAAAAAAACCCCAAAGAAAACAGAGUAAUAAUUAACAGUCCAAGCGAAGCAGCCCCAAGUUCUGCUCUGUUAUCUCUCUCUCUACCUCACAAUAAUCCCCUUUCCAUUUCCCUUUUCUGUUCUGGACUCCAUUAAUAAGGUCCUUAAUUAGCCGAAUAAUAACCCACCUGGCGUCACUACAAUUUGGACUCAAUAAUCCCCUUUCCAUUCCCCUGUUUUUGCUCUGCCCUCUGUUUUUCGGUUUUUGUUGGUUUAUCUAUUUAUACUUGCGAGUAAAUACACAGCAUCGCAGAGCAGACACAAACAAGGAAAGGAGCAAAGGGUCUCUCGAGAUUGGCGUCUUCGAGGCAAAGACCUCUCAAAAAGGAACCCCUCCUUUCUCCGCCUUCCCUCCAAUUCCCUUUCUCUAAACUCGGGGCAUUCAGAAUUCAGACACAGAGAGAAAGAGAGCGAAAAAACAAAAUAAAAAACCCCACAACAACUCUUUCUUUCCCUGUGAUGGAGGAGAGAGGAGGCUCUCUUAGAGGAGAGUGAGCCUGCCUAAGCCUCAAACGCCCAUACUAGAAGAACACAAUCCAGAGGUCUCCAGAUAUUCUUCUUUACCCACCAGCAAUAACAAACCUUUGCUCCUCUCUACCAUUUUUCCCCCUUCCUCUUUCCAUCUUUCAACACCAAAAUCCCAGAAAGAGUAGCCAGCCAAGUUUCUGGGUUUUCAUUAUUUGUUGUUGUAGUAAUUUGUAGGGUAGUAUAACUAUGGCUCUGUCAAUCCACCAUAGCAAUCAUAAUGAGGUGUUGUUCAAUAAGAACCAACAACAGAUGGACUCCAGCAAGUACGUUCGCUACACUCCGGAGCAAGUAGAUGCGCUGGAGAGGGUCUAUGCUGAAUGCCCCAAGCCCAGUUCUUUGAGGAGGCAGCAGCUCAUUCGGGAGUGCCCUAUUCUUUCCAACAUCGAGCCCAGACAGAUCAAAGUCUGGUUUCAGAACCGAAGAUGUCGCGAGAAGCAAAGGAAAGAAGCAUCCCGUCUUCAGACGGUGAACAGAAAGCUGACAGCAAUAAACAAGCUGUUGAUGGAAGAGAAUGACCGUCUGCAGAAGCAGGUCUCUCACUUGGUGUAUGAGAAUGGUUUCAUGCGCUCACAGCUCCACAGUGCUUCGGCAACGGCCACAGACAACAGCUGCGAGUCUGUGGUCAUAAGCGGUCAGCAGCAACAGCAGCAGCAAAACCAAUCAAGUCAGCAUCCGCAAAUGGAUGCUAACAACCCAGCUGGUCUUCUCGCAAUAGCUGAGGAGGCCCUCGCAGAGUUCUUGUCCAAAGCUACAGGAACUUCUGUCAACUGGGUUCAGAUGAUUGGGAUGAAGCCUGGUCCGGAUUCUAUUGGCAUCGUAGCUGUUUCCCGCAAUGGUAGUGGAGUAGCAGCACGAGCCUGUGGCCUCGUGAGUCUUGAACCCAUGAAGGUCGCUGAAAUCCUCAAAGAUCGUUCAUCUUGGUAUCGCGACUGUCGAUGCCUUGAUAUGUUGAGUGUGAUUCCUGCUGCCAAUGGAGGCACAAUUGAGCUCAUUUAUAUGCAGACAUAUGCACCAACCACAUUGGCUGCAGCAAGAGACUUUUGGACUCUGAGAUACACCACCACAAUGGACGAUGGCAGUAUUGUGAUUUGUGAGAGGUCCUUGACGGCUUCUACAGGUGGUCCAGCUGGGCCAACAUCAUCAGGCUUUGUUAGGGCUGAAAUGCUUCCAAGUGGAUAUCUAAUUCGACCUUGCGAGGGUGGAGGUUCCAUGAUACACAUUGUUGACCAUGUUGAUUUGGAUGCUUGGAGUGUCCCUGAAGUUCUGAGGCCUCUAUAUGAAUCUUGCAAAAUUAUUGCUCAGAAAAUGACCCUUGCGGCCUUGCGGCACAUUCGACAAAUAGCACAAGAGACUAGUGGAGAAAUUCAGUAUGGUGGAGGCCGCCAGCCUUCGGUGUUGAGGACAUUCAGUCAGAGACUCUGCAGGGGGUUCAAUGAUGCUGUCAAUGGAUUUGCAGACGAUGGAUGGUCCCUCCUGAAUGGUGAUGGUGUGGAGGAUGUAACUAUUGCCAUUAACUCGUCUCCAAACAAAUAUCUUGGUUCACAGUAUCAUGGGUCGAUAUUCCCAACUUUUGGUGGAGGGGUGCUCUGUGCAAGGGCAUCAAUGUUGAUUCAGAAUGUGCCUCCAGCUUUGCUUGUUCGGUUUCUAAGGGAACAUCGUUCUGAGUGGGCUGAUCAUGGAGUUGAUGCCUAUUCUGCCGCAUGUCUCAAGUCCAGUCCAUAUGCUGUUCCAUGUGGCAGGGCUGGUGGUUUCCCUAGUAGCCAAGUCAUCUUGCCUCUUGCUCGUACAGUGGAGCACGAAGAGUUCUUGGAGGUGGUCCGUUUGGAGGGUCAGGCCUUCUCGCCUGAGGAGAUGGCUCUAGCACGGGAUAUGUACCUGUUGCAGUUAUGUAGUGGGGUUGACGAAAAUGCUGUUAGCGCCUGUGCUCAACUUGUUUUUGCCCCUAUCGACGAAUCAUUUGCUGAUGAUGCUCCUCUUCUUGCAUCUGGCUUUCGUGUCAUCCCACUGGAUGGUAAAACGGAUGGGCCUGCUUCAAGUCGUACUUUAGAUUUGGCAUCUACCCUUGAAGUUGGGGCAGGAGGGGGUACUCGUCCGGCCACUGAGUCUGACUCAAACAGUUACAAUCUGAGAUCAGUCCUCACAAUUGCAUUCCAGUUUAGCUUUGAGAAUCAUUUGCGUGAUGAUGUGGCGGCCAUGGCUAGGCAGUACGUGCGCAGUGUUGUUGCCUCUGUUCAGAGGGUUGCAAUGGCAAUUGCACCUUCUUCUGGCCUAGGUUCUCAAGUUGGUGGCAAAUCAUUCCCUGGCUCCCCCGAGGCUCUCACUUUGGCUCGCUGGAUCUAUAGGAGUUACAGGGUGCAUACUGGAGGUGACCUCUUCCAAAUGGAAUCUCAAGCCGGGGAUGCUUUGCUGAAGCAGCUGUGGCAACACUCUGAUUCGAUCAUGUGCUGCUCCUUGACAAGCAAUGCAUCACCUGUUUUCACCUUUGCAAACCAAGCUGGGCUGGACAUGCUGGAAACAACAUUAGUGGCGCUUCAGGACAUUAUGCUGGAUAAGAUCCUCGAUGAAGCUGGGCGGAAGGUUCUGUGCUCUGAGUUCUCUAAGAUCAUGCAAGAGGGUUUUGCAUAUCUGCCAGCAGGGAUAUGUGUGUCGAGCAUGGGGAGACCGGUGGCCUACGAGCAGGCGAUUGCAUGGAAAGUACUGAACGACGAUGAUUCCCAUCACUGCCUGGCUUUCAUGUUCGUCAACUGGUCCUUCAUGUGAGAUAUAUAUCUCUAUGUACCCGAAGUUAUCUAAGUAUUAUUAUUAGGGCAGUUAUUCUGUGUGGAAGAUGCACACUUUUGUGAAGUAAAAAAACAGGUAAUCUAGGUAUUAUGGAUGCUGUUGGUUAUUAGGGAUGGAUGUCGGCCAUUCUGUGAAUGAUGUUGAAUAUUAAUGGAGACUGGUUGGUUUGGUUGCCAUCCUCUUUUGUUUUGAAAGUGGAAUGCUUUUAUUGAGAUGUUUAGUAGGACUUGUGGUUUGGUGUAUGGGUGGUGGGAUGGGGAUUUGGGUUCAUCAACCUUGUGAUUAGGUGGUGUAUGGUAAGAUCAGAGCAGGUACCAAUGGUCUCAACCUGAACCUGUGACCCAACUGUCUUGCUGACAUAGAUGGAUGGAAUUGGGAGGAGCCCCAUGUCAUGUGAUGGUGGACAUGCAUGUGCAUAUACCAUACCAUAAAUACAUAUGCCCUAGUAGCCUAAGUGGCAGCAGCACGAUAUAUAACAGAAAGAGACGGCAUUCAUGUUCUUACUGUACUGUAAGCAACUAGAAAUGUAGAGUCCCAAGUCUGGUGUGUAGGGUUUCGCAGCAAGUGUUAAGUGGUUUGGUUUUAAAUGGAGUGAUGAUCAAUUUUAAACAAGCGUAUACCCUUUUGAAGCGUGUUUCAUGAUUGAUAUGAUAGAGAACAUAGAUGUCCAAAGUCCAUUUCCUUUCUCUUAUUAAUUAACCAAUUAGGAUACAUAUACAUGUGUGUUCUGGUAAAAGGGCGUUCCUCCGAGCCCAGAAAGGUGCAUGCGAGAAGCGCCACCACACUGUAUGUAUAGUAUAGUAUAUUAGUACGCCAUUUCCAAGCCUCGUGUCCCUCUCCCCACACCCUUUUUCCUGUAUAAAGAAAGGAGGGGAAAGAAAGUAAAGCACUUCUACUACUACUGUACCGGCGUGCAGCAGCUAGCAACGCCAACGGCAGAGAGAGAUAUCACAAUCCAUGCCCAUUCCCCUUCCCCUUCCUCUCUUUCUUUCGUGGGUAAGCUGCUUUUCUGUCCGUCUUAAAAUAUCAUUACAACCCAAAAUUUCUCUUCUUCUCAUGCUUCCACUUUACUCUCUCUCUCUCUCUCUCUCUCUUAUUAAAAGGGAAGAAAGAAAGAAAGAAAGAGCCCUUUUCCCCUUUCCUUUUCCUGUUGUGGCUUGGGUUGCCCAAGACAAGAGUGACAAGGAAGGAAGGAAGGAUCCGGGUCGCGUGAUGAUCUGCUCUGCUCUGCUUUUUUGGGUGGCCUUUUUUCUUUGCUCCAUCAGAUCCCCUUUUUUAAUGCAACUGCCGCAUUCCUGCUACCUAGCUAGCUGCUGCUGCACUGUUCCUUUUUCCCAAUUGGCAAAUAUAUAUAUAAAAUGCAGUCCUAGUAAUAGUAGCAGUCACAGCCAGUAAUCUAUUUUGUUUCUUUCUGUGUCAUUUGCUUAGUGUUGUGUAACAUCGUGUAACGUACAUACAGACUACACGAGAGUGAGAGUGAGAGUGAGAGAGUAGCAAGUAAUAAGAAAGCAUUAAGUAAGCAAGGCAGGAGAAAGAAAAGAUUUAGUAGCAUCUAACUCGGGUUAAUACACUAUCAUAUCUGCCUAUGUGCCUGCCAUCCCACAAUGAAUGGUCGAUUCUGCUGUAUUAUUACUAGCUACCUCUAUGACUAUUAUGCAACAGGGUUUGACCCAAUUCACCUUUUUUUAAAAAAAAAAAAAGUUUUUUAACCUUUCCAAGAAGCAUUUAAUUUUCCCUUUCCAUCAUCCUAAUGCUGCAUCCUGAAAACCAGAGUGUACUUAGAAGCUCUUUACAAAGAGCUCUUGUCUUGUCUGUUUCCCGUUCAAAGUUAAUAAUCUCUGUCUCACUCACUCUGUAUCUGUUGCAUUGGUCAGGCAGGCACAGAGGCUGGCUGGGGUUUCUUUUAAUACUUUUUUGGACUGCAGCGUUUGGGUUUUGGCUGCAUAUGCUCUUUCGUUUUCCUACCUACAGCUACAGGGUAGAAGAACCAGAGGUUUCAUGAUUGCUUGCUUGCUGCAGCUGAACUCUGAUUUGGGGGAGGGAGAGGGGAUUUCAUUCAUGCAAUAACAAGGAACAGAGCAUUGGGCUUUGUGUUGGACUUGGACUUCACCUCUCUCUCUCUCUUUCUUCUGUUAUACUUACUACCACUGCAAGGAAAUUGGAACCAGAAGUUUGCAUUGCAAUAUUGCAGACUAAGACUAACAAAGGUUGAAUUUUACAAACGUCGACGGACCGCCACUUGGAAAUUGAGUGGACGUCUGGUUUUCGCCAUUUCCUCCUUCCUGACCUGAGUGUUGUCAUGAUUUGUUUUGGCCGCACGAAAUUCUGAGCCCAACGAACGCCAUGUGCUGUGGACUUUGAAGGGCUCGAUGCAUUGCAUUUGCAUAUGAUUCCUUUCUUUCUUUCUGGCCGGCCCAGGUUUAUAAGUGGUCGCCAUUACUGCGUGCUUUCGGGCGACGAGGGAACGCAACACGACCAACUUGGAAUUGUGAUAGGAAAAGAGAUAGAGAAAAGGGUUACAUUUAUUGUUGCCUUUUCUUGGAGAGGGAACAGGUAAACCAUAAAAUUAGGAGAAAGGGGUAAAAGAAACAUAAACAAGUUAAUAAUAAUAGGACUCACUGACUCACUCACACAGUGACACUAUGACCAUUUAUUUUUCAUCCACUCGGUUUCUUUUUCACUUUUGUAUUUUUUUACCUAAGGUUCCUUUCAGUUCACUUCUUUUGGGAUUGGUAAUUUUAGAGGAGAAAAAUACCCAAUCUAUCUAAUUUAUUUCAAAAUAAUGCAGGCUUCUGUCUUCUAGAGGAAGAAAAAUAUAUAUCCACUCUCGUUUAAUUCGAAUGCACUCAUGGCUAGUCUACACACAAGUCGAAGAAUAUUGACCCAAAAAAAUUAUGUAUUAUUUAGGUCAAUGAAUCCCUCUUGAAAAUGGCAAAGGAUUUUUUGAAAUUGACACAUGCAUAGAUUAGUUCAAGAUAGAUUGGCUAUUAACUUAUUAUUAUUAUUAUUAUGAAUGCUUUUACUUUUCCCAAAGAAGGUUCUAUUUUCCUAUUUAAAUAUCCUUUUUUGUGGUGAUGAUGAAGCAUAAAAGAAAAAUAUUUCACAUAAAUUGGCCAUCCAAAUAUGCUAUCAAGUAGGCUAACUUGCCAAGUAAAGUAAAGCGUUAACUUGCCA